CUUACAUGUUGCUCUUAUUCCUUGAUAAUCAUUCCUUGGUUCUUAUUCCUUAGUUCUUACUCCUUAAUUAUUAUUCCUUGAUUCUUAGUUAUAGCAGCCCCCAUUCUUAGGGGAUAUGAGUUUCAUUUAUUGCUUCAUGAUGCAAAAACAUGAUGUCAGGCGGCCUUCGUAGGCCAGCUUUCAGCAUAAAUAGCUUGUUCUGCUCUGCUUGUUCUGCUAUACUUGCACUCCUCCGCUUGCUCACAUAUCAAUCUACUUGCUCUCUGAAGAAAUUUUCCAACUUCUCCGAAAUCAUGCUUCUUAGUGCAGCUAGUACGCUACUUUCUAUGGUAGCAAUUGCCCAUGGCUGGUCAUUCACUGUCUUCUCUGGACCAGGAUGUAACCCGCUCAGUCCUUCGUCAACUUGUACUUAUUCGGGUUCCUCCAAAAUCUGCUGUCACGGAACCUCGGGUCAGACAUGGGGCUCUGCAGAACUCUACGGCGGGUCUGGCUGGACUGUCUAUGCAUUCUCUGGUCCCGACUGUGGAAACUUAGGCGAUGCAUACGACUCCUGGAGCGAUGGAGAUUGCCAUUCAUCCAGUUCAGAUCGCUAUGGGGUGUAUGGUAUAGUACCAAAUCAGGCAGCAGCCAGCGCCACCAACGAUACUCUAGAGUGGGUGAAUGUCAAGUCUUCGUAAAUGGAAGGUAGCACGGGGCGGACGACGAGAAAGGUGUCUCUAGCAGGCCAAAGCUGUGUACCCCGGAGUACCUAGGCUAAGGCGUUAUUAGCUGCUUUACGUUGGUUCCGCAUCUCAUACCGGAUUAGUAUAUUUAUAUAAGAACAUUCGUUUAGUAUAGCAAAAAUCCAGCAAGUGAUGUUCCUAAGUAGGAAU